AUGCAAAUCGUGGGCGUAACAGACUGGGAAUUCUCCUACGCAGCACCGGCAGAGUUCUCGGCUGCAUCGCCAUGGUGGCUACUUCUCGAACAACCAGAGUAUUGGCCAGAUGGAGGCCCUCAUAAACUCUGGACGCUGAAAAGAGGGACAAGGGUUCUCGGGCCUAUGCAAGAGAGUUGGGAGAGUGGUGGUUUCUUGGUCAGUUAUGCAGCGCAAAGGAACUUUGCUUUUGAUACGACCUUCUGGCAGGAUAUUGACGAGCGGUUCUUCGGGCCUGCUGAGUCGCCUGAAGUUUCAUGGAAAAUGGCAGUCAAAUUGGUUUACGAGAAGGAGAAGAAGAAUGUAAAGGCAUGGGCAGAAGAAGCUGGAUGA